AUGGACUCACAAUUCACCAAAGGCAAUGUCACCAAAGUCGGCGGCUCAGACCCAUUCGAGGACGACGACUACCCACUGCGUAACGCCGGCGCACUCCUAGACUCCUCAGAUCUCGAGGCCGACAAGGGCACAAAGCCUCACCUCAGCCUGCCUAUCGUCCCCUCCACAGUCACGGUGGCCGAAAACAAGGCUGUAGUGACGAUGAAUGAGGGGCGUGUAUCGAGAGUCCAAAAAGUCGGGCAAAAAUAG